UCGUCCUUGUCAAACCCUCACUGUGGUCAAGCUGUCGCGCCUCUGACAGGAGCAGUGACGGCAGAAGCACAGCAGCACGGAGGAUGCCUGUCACUUAAAGUACCCGCAGGGCUGAUGAAUUUCAAAACAGCAUUGAAGACAGUCCCUCCAGUGCCACCUCGACAUAUUUUAAGUCAAGUCUCAAGUUUUUCUUUUUUGUAUUUGCGUCUACGUUGUUUACACUGACGUUGGUGUAGCAUCAAGCUAACAGCUAGCUGCCGUCACUUCACCUGCUAUUUGGUUAACUUCUAACAAACCCUCAAACGAGUCGAAAUAAAGUGAGCGUGGGAUCUGAAUCUACACAAAUCUCCGCCUCGGUGUCCGAUUUAUCAGCUGUCAUCUGCUGUUGCUGACCACCUCGCUGGUGGUUGAAUUCAUGAUCGUGCUCAGUGCAUAGUCCUCUGGGAUGGGGAGUGGAGUCCAGGAACAACGGGCAUCACUCACGCAGGGAGAAGUGCUGCCACUGGCUUCCACCAGUCAGUCAGAAGUGAGUUAUGAGGGCCUGAAGCACACGCGGACUGUCCUCAACUCACUGUUCUCGGGGGCUUUAGCCGGAGCUGUGGCCAAGACAGCUGUCGCCCCACUGGACAGAACUAAAAUCAUCUUCCAAGUGUCUUCAGCGAGAUUUUCCGCCAAGGAAGCUUACCGGUUGAUCUACCGCACCUACCUGAAGGAUGGCUUCCUCAGUUUGUGGAGGGGGAACUCUGCCACCAUGGUGCGGGUCAUCCCCUACGCUGCCAUCCAGUUCUGUGCACAUGAGCAAUACAAGGCGCUGCUGGGAGGCUACUACGGCUUUCAGGGGAAAGCUCUACCUCCAGUCCCCAGGUUACUGGCCGGGUCUAUGGCUGGCACCACGGCGGCCAUAUUGACCUAUCCUCUGGACAUGGUGCGAGCCAGGAUGGCCGUAACGCCAAAGGAAAUGUACAGCAACAUUCUGCACGUGUUUGUGCGGAUCUCUCGAGAAGAGGGCCUGAAAACGCUCUAUCGAGGCUUCACCCCCACCAUACUGGGGGUCGUCCCGUACGCCGGACUCAGCUUCUUUACUUAUGAGACACUGAAGAAGCUACAUGCAGAGCAGAGCGGCCGCCCGCAGCCCUACUCGUACGAGCGUCUGGCCUUCGGAGCCUGCGCCGGCCUCAUCGGCCAGUCGGCGUCGUACCCUCUGGACGUGGUGCGGCGGCGCAUGCAGACCGCGGGGGUCACGGGUCACACGUACGGCACCAUCCUGGGCACCAUGAAGGAGAUCGUGGCUGAGGAGGGCGUCGUCCGAGGACUCUACAAAGGGCUCAGCAUGAACUGGGUCAAAGGACCCAUCGCGGUGGGGAUCAGCUUCACCACCUUCGACCUCACUCAGAUUCUCCUGAGGAAGCUGCAUCAGAUGGGCUACACGGGUCGAUAAUGAGGAUUCGGAAAGAGGAAACCAGGGAUAGAGGGAUGACGUGCUCCACCCUCUGAAGUGACACAAAGAGGAGACGUGUGAGAGAGUGAAAUAUUUUGUACCGCUGGAGAAACGCACAGUGGCUCAGGAUGUGUGUGUGUGCAACAGAGGUUUGUGUGAUGGGACAGAGAAACCCCCCUGUUGUCAUCGACAUCUAAGUGCAAUAUGAUCAAUGAUUUAAUGAGUGUUCACAUACGUUGUAAAGCUCCUACCCUCAUGAACCAGUCUGUGAAUUUGGAGGUUCACGUAUUGAGGUCCUCCAGCUGCCAUUCGUGUCUGCUUUUAACAGACGCUUCCAAUGCAACACACGUCUCCACUCGUUUGCUCUCGAAUUUUAAGAUGAUUUAAUGAAAAAAAAAACACGGCCCCCUGAGAUUUUCGUUUUGUCGUGAGUGAAGUUGUUUUAAGGAAUCAUACCAAAGGUUGUGAUCUGAGCUGACGGACUGACGGAUUAUAUGAUAUUAGAUGUGUUAACGCGUUGAAGGGUGACGUUUCCCAGCUCAGAGGCUCGUAGCAGCGUUGAGACUUUAUCAAAUAGUUUGUUUGUUUUUUUGUUUGAGUAGAAGUUAUUAAAAUUUACAAGACUUGAUUUGUAGGUUAGAUGCAGCAGUGACAGCAGACCUGUUUCUUUUUAUGCCAGUGCCAAUGGAUAUGAAGGAGUGCCCCACACGUUGUUCACGCCCGUCAGCCACAACAAUAAAACCACCUGUGCAGGUCUUUUCUGACCGUUGGUGAGGAGCCUGUGGGGAGACCGGCAGAGGAAACUUUGAGUCUCGUGAGUUAUGAGAUGUGGUGGAUCCAGUUCCACGGAUGCUCACUGGUCACAUGUCAGAGCAAACACCUUAAACACUCACCCUACUGUUUUAGGUGCAGCGCAACGCUUUGUCCUGAGAAGCUUGACCGGACUUCACGAAGUGUCCGUGCCAGUGUUUAGGUGGGCGGCGCCAGUCAGACUAAUGCCCCCAGGACAACGGCAGGGUACAAGGGAUCCCAGCAGAAGGUUGCACGCAUUGUGACAGGAUUAGGUUUUAAUGUUGUGGCCGACGUGCGUGCAUCACGGUAGACUGAUUGUGAACACGCUCCCGUGGCGACUGUGCACGAUGCAGUGACAAAUCGUUAGAGGCGUGUAGCUGAGAUCGAGGUGAAGGCAGAGUUUGAAGAGGGGUGUGGUUCACUGAGUCCUCAACCACUGGAAUGUCAACACAUUGACAGAGAUAGUGUCUGGGUUGGUCCCGCUUCAACACGAUGUCCAGUUUUAUUCUCAUUCUAUUUCCACUGUAAUAUUAUCAUGGGCUUUUUUUUGACAGAGUUUAUUGGAUUAAAUUUGAUUGCAGUCCAGAUUUGACCCCUCCCGUUGACGUGCACUCCAGACGUUCAAUGCAUAUCGAGCAGUUUCACCUGUAACCCUCCGAACGUGAGGCCUUACAGUUCCGUUCAACACCUUUGUAAAGUUUACAACGUCCCUCUGCUGCUGACACUGUGCGAGAGCUGCUUUAAAUAGAUACUAAUAUCAGUUUUGUUUGUGUGUUUUUUGAUUUUUUUUUUUUUUUAAUAUAUAUUCACUCACUCGUUUGCGUUGGACACACGGUGCUCGCACAGAACACAAACGUCGUCUUCCAUUUGGCGUCGGCGUCACAGCUGCGUGGUCUGUCACUUUACUGCCACUCACGCCUGCUUUUGUUUAAAAGACCCGGCAAAACACUAGUUCAGACCGACAGGUCGCUGAAAUGAAACUCCUGGUUAGGGAGGACUCACUGUGCAGAGCAGCAGCAGCAGCAGCAGCAGCAGCGCCGAACGACUAACUUGACUGGAAAUAUGCAAACACGUAGUGAAGAGAUCUCCGUUACAGUCGCGAGUUAGCAUCCUCUUGUGUUUUUACUUUACCUCAGUGCGUAAUCAAAUGUUAGCCUUUGUUGUUCUCUGUGUCAGUGGCGUAAAAGUGAGUCAUGUGGCCGCAUGUGACGUCGGACAGUAUUGAUGCAGGCUCGCACGGGGCUGAGGAGUGUCGAUUGUGUCUAUAGUUAGAGCGCACAUACCGAGGCACGAGGGCUGAGAUGAGGGAGCAGCUGAGUGCGGAGCUAAGUGGAGCAGAGGCCACGGUGUCGUCUGCCCCCAGAAUAAGUAGGAGAGGCUAUUGAACGUUUUGACUAAUCACCACUAACAGACCCCAGAGAAAUCUCUUAAACUCCUACAGGGUUUGAGUGAUAUGAUGUGGUAAAUAUGUGAUGCAGUAGAAUCAGUAGAAAGAUUUCUGUUUUCACUGUGUAAAAAGUGCAUUUUAUAAGAAGAGUAGAAUGAAGUUUGGCCUUUUUAAUCAAGGAUUAAGGCUGGUCAUGUUUCUAGUGCUGUUAGAGUGGGGUUUUUUUAGGGAAGGGGGGGCUAUAAGUUAAAUUUCAGAAAUGAACUCAAAAUCUUUAAUCGAAGAGUUAUUGGAAAAGAAGACAAAUCUUCUUGAUGAUUUUCUGUUGGGCACAGAUUCUGGUCUUUACCAAAAACUACGAUACGCAGCCUUAAUCCUGUGAUUUCCUUUCCAUUUGAUAAACUUCCCCCCUAACCUGUCUCCGUCUGCCGUGUCCUUCUCAUAAAUGCUUGUGUUUUCAGUGCAGAUCAGAGAGGCUGGCAGGCGGAGCCGUUAGGUGAGGGUGAUUUUUUUUUUUCUUUUUUUUUCUUUCCAGUCCACACAUCUGCGUUAUCAGCUGCGAGCAGAUGCACGUUUAGCCUUGUACUGAUAUCAGUUAGCUCUCUUUAACCCCGGCCUUAGGCAGCAGGUGGGGAGUUAAGAUCAAUGGCGGCUCGGUCUGUAACCAACACAAGUUCUGAGCUAAAGGGCUGAAAGUAACUGAAAGCUGAACGAAGGUUACCGACUCUCAAGUGCCUAGCGAUGAAUAGUAAAGUCUGUACUAUGUCUGAGCUACUUUCUGCUAACCUUUCUGAAGGUUGCUUCCGUUCUCCAGCCUUGCUUCAGUCUUGGUGUUCGUGGAUUGUCAGACCUCAGUGACUGAAUGUAUUUCUUCAGGUCCAGUUUUUGUAUGUGAAUUUUGUAAAACUCAAACUGCCUUGCCAAAUUUCUGUCUCUGGUGACAUAAGUGAUUAUUGACCCCCACCCCCCCAGUUCAUUCCAACAAGUUUGGACAAAUGUAAAGGAAUGUAUGAACAAAUGGAAAGCACAUUUAAAGUUUGUAUCCCAGUGUCAAUCGGAAAAGUAGCUCUCCUAUAGCUCGGAUGAAGCUAUGGCUCAAAAGUAAAUUAACCAAGUUUAACGUGACUAUGAGUGUAGUGUGAUAGUACGACUUGGGAAAACUCCAAGACAAUCAUUAAAUGCCAAAAAGAAAAAGUUGCUUCGUUUUUGUUCCAAACCUCCAAUGAAAACGCGACGGUGACUUAACGAGAUGAAACGCUGAAGCAGCUUCUACAUCUAACUCUGGUAUGAUUUGUGGUUUUUGUUUGUAAACUCAAGUGUUUUAAGACUCUUUGUGGGUUUCAUCUGCGCCGACGUGCAGACUCUUCAGAUUCUACUGUAUUUGUGCGUUGCAGCCUGCCAUCUUGUGUGUUUUUGUUUCAGUGCGACGGUGGUUGUAAAGCUGUUUUGUAAAUCCUAGUUAUUUGUGCCAACUGAAUGUAAACACACCCACUAAUAACUUCACCCUGUGUCCAGUCUAGUGACGAUGGUGUAUCUGUAGGAGAAAUACUGAAAUAUCAGACUCUAAUAAAACUGGAUGUUGACAACA